UCGCAAUUGUAUAAUACAAGAAGCUCGGUUCUGCGCAAAAGCGCGGCUGAGUGUAGCUCUCGUCCAUCUUGUUCUCUGUCUCCCCAGUUUGUAAAGAUAGAGUCCGAUCGGAAGAGGAAGAAGUCUUCUUCGAUCUCGAUCCCAUCGUCGGCAGAUCGAGUUGAUAAGAAGAAGAAGUCGAAGAUGUCGUCGGACAAAGUUAGGGCUUCGCACAUCCUGAUCAAGCAUCAAGGCUCCCGACGCAAGGCUUCCUGGAAAGAUCCAGAAGGUCGCGUUAUCAACAGCACAACAAGAGACGCCGCCGUGUCCCAACUCAAUGCUAUCCGCGACGACAUCAUCUCCGGCAAGGCCAAGUUCGCUGACAUCGCCGCUCGUUACUCCGACUGUAGCUCCGCUAAACGCGGCGGCGAUCUCGGUUCAUUUGGGAGGGGUCAAAUGCAAAAACCUUUCGAAGAAGCAACUUACUCUCUGAAGGUUGGAGAAAUAAGCGGAAUCGUGGAUACUGAUAGUGGAGUGCACAUCAUCAUGAGAACCGCAUGAUUUUGGUUAACCAUCUCAGAAUCUUGUGGGUGUUUUCUGAUCCACAGAGAUUCAAAUAUUCAAACUGCAUCUAUUUCUGUGUACCUCAAAACUUAUUCGACUGGAACCUUCUCUUAAUUGCUAUAAAGUUGUGCGGAUCUAUGAUUCGUUUAAGUUUUUUAUUUUGCUAA